AUGGAUUUCGUUUUUUCGUUUUUCGACCAGUCCUCUACCCCUCCCGCUUGCUUUGUUCAAAAUGUUUUAUUUUUCCUGUUGUAUCAUCUUCGCUGUUGCACAGAAGCUCGCGCAAAUACCACAGUGGCGUCUGUACCUAUUAAUCGUUUGAGCAAGGCCGCGUUGACCAUCCCCGGCGUCGGCGACAGAGUGCGGGAAACUCAUUCCACAGACGAGAAGCACCGUCUCGGCACCCGUCUGGUUCGUAUUCGAUUCUGCGUCAGCAGUUUUCUCCGCGCUGUUCAUUGGGCGGUCGGGGCUGUGCUGUCACUUCUCGUCGUCCUGGGGGUGCGACGGGACAGUGCUGAUAAGCGCAAGCAGGUGCAGAGCGCCUCUACCAUGCGGACGGUGAAGCCGCUGGACGCCUCGGUCGCCGCCGCACACCCCGACAACACCGUUAUUAACAGUCGAUACACAUACUACAACUUUGUGUUUCUCAACCUCUACGAGCAGUUCCGGCGCCCGCUGAAUUUCUACUUUCUGCUGGUGGUAUUCCUCCAAUUCAUCUCUGUGAUUGCACCCGUCAGCCCGCUAUCGACGCUUCUGCCACUCCUUCUUGCCUUCAGCCUUACCGCCUUAAAGGAGGGCUAUGACGACGUGAAGCGGCACCGGCAGGACGCUGUAUACAACAACACUACACGCACUAUACUUAAUCCAGAAACAGCGUCGUGGGAGAAACGACGCAAUUGUCGCAUACGCGUCGGUGACGUUAUCCUCUUGCAGAAUGAUGAAGAGAUCCCAUGUGACGUUGUGGUAGUGGCUGCAGUAUCUCAUACAGUGUAUAUACGGACAGACAACUUGGAUGGCGAACUGGAUCUUAAGCCGCGGGAAAUAGUGAUGCCCCAUAAUACCUCUUUUUUGAGUGAGUAUGACGUCGAAGCAAUGGCGGCAGCAGACGCCGGUAACGCUAAUAUCAUUCAUAUUAAUGAUAACUGUGAUGUGCUUAUGGAGAAGCUGGCCCUUCUGAAGUUCACGUGUCCUCCUCCAUCGGCCAUGCUUGACUCCUUUGACGGACGCGCAGAGUUCCAGCAUCCUACCAGCAGUGGCCCGCCAACGUACGUUUCUCUUUCCCACCACCACCUGCUGCCGCAGUCCUGCAGAUUGAAGAACACCCAGUCUGUGAUAUGUGUGGCAGUUUACACAGGUGAUGAAACGAAAUGCGGUAUGAAUAAACGACCCCCUCCUGUGAAAUGGGCGAAGAUUGACCAGGAUGUCUCGCGGUACUCCGUCAUUGUAUUCUGUUGUCAGUUGGCGAAUGCCUUUGCCUUUGGCAUCGCAGGAUACCUCAUGAAUCGGGAUAUAGAAGAAAGGUUCUGGUAUCUACAGAUGCCGCCCAGUGAGUCAAACGCCUCGUUUAUCAUUUAUCCGCUGCGAUUUUUCCUUUUGACGACAGUGAUGAUCCCGGUGUCCUUUAAAUUCGUUGUGGAUAUGAGCAAAUACUAUAUGGCUAUGACAGUGGAGUGGGAUGAGGUGAUGAAGCACGGAGGGCCCGACAGCGAGGGGUGCCGUGUAAAGAACUCCAGCAUCCUCGAGGACCUUGGCCAGAUCGACUACGUUCUCUCUGACAAGACCGGGACAAUGACGCAGAACGUCAUGGAACUCCUUUAUGUCACAAUCGGCGAGGAGCGGAUACCUUUGCAUUUGGACAAAGAGGAUUCAUCUGAGAAUAAACAGGCAAUUGUCCCAAGUGACGAUCGUGUGUUGCAUUUUGGUCGGGUUCUGUCUCUCUGCAACGCAGUAGAGGUUGUAGAAAGACCCUGUGACCCCCACGGGGCCGUCAACAUGGAGCCAUUUCUUUAUCAAGCCGCAUCUCCUGAUGAGGAGGCUUUAUGUAGAGGUUCUGCGCAGCUGCACGUCCGUCUGGUGCGCCGUGACGCUCACGAGAUUGUGUUGGACGUCAAGGGGGUGCGUGAGACGUGGAUUCUUCACCAUACAUUUCCUUUCUCAUCGGAGCUAAAGUCUAUGGGAGUUAUUGUGGAAGAGAAGUCCACAGGAAUCAUAUAUUACUUUGUAAAAGGGGCAGAUGAUCGUAUCGUUGAGAUGACAUCAGCAGCGUCACCUUUGUCAUCCAGCGUGUCACUGAAGAUGCGAGAGUCGCAGCAGGAAUCACUAGUGUCCCACCUGGACGCUUACGCGAUGAAAGGUCUUCGAACGUUGGUAGUUGCUGAGAAGCAACUAGGAAAAGCGGAUCUACAUGCAUUCCUCAAUCAGGUGAAGGCUGCAGAGCUCUCAUUGCAUGGACGACGGGAGCAGAUGCAGGAGAUACGGCUGAAGAUGGAAACUGGGGUGUGCAUUACUGGCAUCACGGCAAUUGAAGACAAGCUACAGGAAGCUGUUCACGACACAGUGCGGGAUUUCCUCCGUGCAGGCAUAAAGGUGUGGAUGCUAACCGGUGAUAAAGUGCAGACGGCGGAGCAAAUUUCCCUUUCUUGUGGUCUAUACUCCGCUGGGAACCGCGUGUUGCGUGUUGUCUCGGCCAGCACGGAUAGCGAAGCCACAUGGGAGGAUCGCAUGAUGGCGCUUCCUCUUCCAAUGUCGCGUGGCGCCACAGCGAAUCGUCUGGAAGGUGUGCCUCUGUCAAUGGGCGCAGAGAUUCUCAACGCGGAGGUCUUGUACGAUGUGGAUACGCAAGGGAACGCUAGCUGUCUUUCCAACGUGUUUCGGAACGAGAUAGGCGGCUACAACACAAUGUUGUCUGCCGCCACUGUCAAUAGUCAAUGUGUGUUAGUUGUGGAAGGCGGUGUGGUGUUGGAGCGGAUCCUCAAAACACCGGCGCUCAGGGAGCGGUUCGCCGCACUGAGCGAUGCGUGUGUGAGUGUCAUUUGUGCCCGCGUCACGCCCAGCCAGAAGGCUGCCGUGACAAAUUUUGUGCGCUCGCGUGGUUUUAUGACACUUGCGGUUGGUGACGGCGGAAACGAUGUGGCGAUGCUGCAGGAGGCGCACGUGGGUGUAGGUAUCACUGGCAAGGAGGGACAGCAGGCCGCGCGUGCUGCGGAUUUUGUCAUUACACGCUUCUCGGACCUUCGCGCACUUGUGUUUGUGCAUGGUCAACAGGCCUACACGCGCACAGCGUACGUUAUUAAGUAUAGUUUCUAUAAGUCGAUGCUGAUCAGCUUCAUUCAGCUUGCGUACAAUGUCGUUGGGACGCAUGUCUCUGGUGGAACAUUCUGGAAUAGUUUUAGUCUCACACUGUGGAACGGUGUGUACACACUUCCGCAGACAUUGUUCUAUUGUCUCGACAGAAUCACACCUCGCAAUGUGCUUGAGCGUCACACCUUUCUCUACAAGAUGACACGCCGUGCAACAGACAUGAACAUUCGUGAGUUCUUUGUGGUCUUUGUGUUUCGGGGCAUUGUGCAGUCAGUGGCGACACUCUGGCUUUUGUUGGGGGUGUUCGGAACAAGUUUUGCCUUUGAAGGGAAUGGAAGGACCGCCUCAAAUGAUGUGGUAUUCUCCGUGGCGUACUCAGCCCUUAUUUUAUCACAAAUGCUAACGUUGCUACUGGAAUCUCAUACCAUCACUUUCCUAAACGCAUUUUGGAUAUUCGGUAUGCCGCUUUUGUACGUUGCCGCAACUUCUGCGUACUCUUCCAUACCGAAAUUCCAAUACUUUGGUGUCUGGACUAAUUCAAUAAGCGUGGCAAGCUUCUUGACUGUUUUUGGUGUCGCAUUUAUGCUGGUCCUCCCUGUUUUGGGGUUGUUGACCCUACGCCAGGCGUUGAAUCCUGACCCACGCGAUAUACUUCGCUCAGCAGCGAUAAAAAGUCAAAAUCGGCGGCAAGUUUCGUACGGUUAUGGGCGGUGCAUGUCGCGACUGUGUCGUUUCCUCUUGUGCGUGCCGGAGGAGGCCUCUUGUUUUAUUGAAACCCCACUGUCUGCACGGCGUUUGGAUGAUCUUUGCUAA